AUGCUUGUCUGGCGACGAUUUAUUCAUACAAGUGUACCUCGAUAUUUGGCUCAAUCAGCUGCUGCAUCAAAUUCAGCAUCGCCAUUAAGUAUUUUACGAAAGAAAACUGGUUAUUCACUAUCACAUUGUCGAACAGCACUUCAACAAUUUAAUGAUAAUUUAGAACAAGCAGAAGCAUGGCUUCAUCAACGUGCACAAGCUGAAGGUUGGAGUCGAGCAACAAAAUUACAAAGUCGUGCUGCAUCUCAAGGUUUAAUUGGUAUUAUUACAAAUACUGAUACAGCUGCAAUGGUUGAGAUUAAUUGUGAAACAGAUUUCGUAGCUAAAAAUGAAAAAUUUCAACAACUUGUUUCUCAAGUUGCAAAUAGUUUAUUAUUGAAUCAGCAAGAAAAAACCAAAGACAAAGUAUUUUUUGAUAAAGAUACUCUAUCGACAUUACCUAGUGUUGAUGAUCGUUCGAAAACAUUAGCUGAUAUAACAGCUUUAUGUGUUGGUACAGUUGGAGAAAAUGUCGUUUUACGACGUGGUAUUGUUUUUAAUACAAAACCUAAUCAAUUACUAUCUAGUUAUUGUCAUGGACAAGUUAAUACUGCUAGUUCGAAUUUAUGUCGUAUGGGAAAAUAUGGUGCACUUGUUAAAUAUUCUCAAAUUGAUUCAUCAAAUAAUGCUUCGGAUGAUGGAACAUCAUCUUCUAGUGUAUCAACUCGUUCUUAUCCAUUACGAACUAUUUGUCAAGAUAAUAUUGAAAAACCUAUUGAAUUAAGUACUUAUCUUGAUAAUGAAGAUGAAGCUACUCUACUUCAUGAAUAUUUAAAUGGAUAUAUUUAUGCAUUACCAUCACGUGAAAGUGUACAUGAUUUACUUUUAAAAAAUAUCGGUACACAAAUUGAACAACAACAAUUAAAAGAUGUUCAUAUUCUUCCUAUGGAUAUUCGUAUACAAACACCUGAUCCAGUCUAUAUUUAUUAUCCAGGUCUAUGUCUUAGUAAUCAAGCACCAAAAACUGAUCAAGCAAUAACACGUGAGCCUAUUGUUAUUAUUGAAAUCAUUACACCAACAACUGAACGUUUAAUAUUACAUGAAAAAUCAAUAAAUUAUCAAAGAAUACCAUCAUCAGAAGAAAUUAUUUAUAUUUGGCCUAAUUUAAAAAUAGCUCAUGUUGAUUUUCGUGAUAAACAAUCGUCGAAAUGGACAAGAAAAUAUUAUAGUCAUCAAGAUAAAAUUCCGUUACCAUCAUCAUUCAAUAAUGGAGAAUUAGUACUUAGUGAUAUUUUCGAUAGUAUGGUAAGUUUCAAAUUUCAUAUAUACAUCAUGUGA